AUGUCAGACGGAACUACCGGUCCAGUGAUUAUCAAUGGCAUCAAAGCCGAUAACCCCGCCAAACCUCCGGUCCGUAUGGAGGUACGCGACAUGAUCAAAACUCAACCCGAUCAAUGGAACCUCUACCUUCUAGGAUUGGAAAGGUUUCAGAAGUCUGUUGCUGAGAACAUGCCCCUUUCCUACUUUCAGAUUGCUGGCAUCCAUGGUCUACCAUACGUCAAGUGGCCCAACCAGAAUUGGAAUAAGAUGACUCAAGUCAGCGGCAGGACAGAAUUUGGAGGGUUCUGCACCCACAGCUCCAUUCUGUUCCUUCCCUGGCACCGGCCGUAUCUCGCUUUGUUUGAGGCUGAACUUUAUAAGCAUGUGAAUGCCAUUGCCAAUGAGUUUGGCGAUAACGAGAGAAAGGCAGAUUACGUGAAGGCCGCUAAGACGUUUCGCAUGCCAUAUUGGGAUUGGGCACGACCUGAUCUCUCGAUCUUCCCCCCUCAAGCAGGGCCUCGAGCAGAUAACCAGGUCGUGAAACCCAAGAGGCCACAAAAGGCUGCGAUCAGCCCCAAUCCCCUGGCCGCUUAUCAGUUCCGUGAAUCUGCUAGCAACUCCAACAUCAACUGGUUCCCUGAUGUCAAUGCGACUGUGAGAUACCCUGCUCAGACAUCCGAUACACCCGAUGAAGUCAGUAUGAAGCAGGAUUUGACUGCUUUCUUUGAAGGAACGGACCAGAACCCAAAGGGACGGAACUUGACCGAGCGUGUUCUCUUCAUCCUCCAAUCUUACAACAAUUUCGGCGCUGCAUCGAGCAACCGUUUCAACAGCCAGUCUAUCACUCCUGGCUUCGAGGAAUGGGGGAGCAUUGAGGAUAUUCACAAUGCAAUCCAUACCUAUACCGGCGGCAAUGGGCAAAUGUCUUCACCACCGGUAUCCUCCUUUGAUCCCAUCUUCUGGCUUCACCAUACCAACAUCGACCGGCUCUUUGCCAUCUGGCAGGCAUGCCACGACGACCCGAAGGUAUCAAGCACAUACGUGACACCAAAACGUGCUAGCAACAGUACAUUCUCAAUGAGGGCGGGAUCCACCGAGAACAUAACGACACCAUUGACGCCAUUCGCACAGUCCGGAACCAAGGACAAACAGAACUUCUGGACGUCUGAAGGUGCGAGAUACACGAAGUCUUUUGGAUACGUCUACCCUGAAACCCAGGACUGGCUAUUUCCAACACGAGAAGCUGUUCUUGCAGAACUCAACCGGUUAUAUCAGAGAGCCUCACUGGCCAACAUCUUGAGUAGUACUGGGGUUGACCUCAAAAACUCUAUUGAACAGCUACGGGCUCGUGCUGUGUCUCACUUGAAAGUCGAGAACAAGGCCGAAAGCAACUUAGUGUCUACCCAAGCUAUCAAUCUAGCUGCCGUGCCACCCGUACAGGCACCCUUGGAGAUUGAGAGCCAGGUCGCGGAAGUAAAGGUUCCGGAGGACCGCAGCAUCAACAAAUUGGCAGACAACAACAAAUAUCUGGAAUGGCUUGUCAACAUCAAGGCCUUGAAAGCUGAGCUUGGAGGUAACUACGUGGUCCAUGUGUUCCUGGGAGACCCCGACGAUUCAGCCCCAAUUCUCUAUGUCACUAACCACAGUCAUGUUGGUGCAUUCUCCACAUUUGGACAGGGCGAGAACACCGCAUGCCAGAACUGUCAGGAUGGGCAUGCAGAAGGCCUGCAAAUCACUGGCCAGAUUCCUCUCACUCUAGCGUUGGUCGAACGGUAUCUGGCAGGUCUUGUUGAUGAUCUUUCUCCUAGCAGCAUCAUCCCUUACCUGCAGAAGAACCUUCACUGGCGAGUCACCCUGCCUGGUGGCGAGCGCCGUUCCAGAGGCGAAGUGAAUGAUCUCCUGGUCAGUGUCGUAACCAACGAGGUGACGAUCCCUGAUAGUCCGAACGGUCUUCCACAGUACUCGGACCAGGUAAUUCCACGUCCAGAGGCUACCACAAACCGUGAAGGAGGAGCUCGAGGGAAUGGUACGGGAUACAUUGGCGGACAGGUUACAUCUCCUUAG